GAUCUUAAUAGCCAUAGUUUCCGAUUUUGAGAAUUAAAUAUAAGGAAAGUUUAAUUUCGGUAUAUUAUUAUACAUUAUUUCUGUGUACAUAGAAACCAAGUUUAUGCAUUAUCAACCCUGGGUUAUGGUAAUUUUUGUUACAAAGCAAGGAUCAUUCACAUAAAAAUGGACUACUAAGUGCUUGUUUUAAUAUAACUUUAGGUAUAUCUGGGAAUAUUUCACAUUUUGGUAUGUUUUAGAAUGAGACUCAGGCAGCUCAUUGCAUAGUUACAGUUUCUGCAAAAAAUUCUGAACAAUUAUUUUCUAUGACAAUUUGGUUGUUUUGUUUAUAUCUGGAUUAUCUGUUUACAUUGUUUUACAUGAACUAUUACAUGAGGAUGUUAUUUUAUUAGUUUUCAGAGCAUUUGCUUGUUUCUUAUUUUUUACUUUUCUUAAAUUGUUAGUAUAAAUCAAUGUUUAGUUAAAUUAUGGUGCAAGAGUUUCAUAUAUGUUUUGUUCCAUUUGAAUGUUAGAUACUUUUGCAAAUUGGAAAUCGACCAUAGCUUUAAAUUUGUUUAUUGUAAUAAGCUUGCUUGAAAGUUUACAUCGUUACAUGAACUAUUACAUGAUGAUGUUAUUUUAUUAGUUUUCAGAGCAUUUGCUUGUCUCUUAUUUUUCACUUUUCUUAAAUUGUUGGUAUAAAUCAAUGUUUAGAUAAAUUAUGGCGCAGGAGUUUCAUAUAUGUUUUGUUCGAUUUGAAUGUAAGAUACUUUUGCAAAUUUGAAACCGACCAUAGCUUUAAAUAUGUUUAUAGUAAUAAGCUUGCUUGAAAAAGUAAAGUUCUUGCCAUAUUUUUGUUGGCGGCCAUAUGUUCUUGGUCACGUUUGAUUGGUCAAAGCUUGUGUGACUAUAUCCACCAAUUUAAUAAAACAGAAUUGUUUACUAUUUGUAGGAGGAUCGGAAAAUGGCUUCUCGUUUGGCAAAUACCAUGUCCAACUCACUGAAAGGGAGACCUGUUCAGGGUGGAUUGAGCUCUGGUUAUAAAAAAAAUGUUGCAGAGAAAGGUUUGACUGAUGAAACUUACACAGCAGACAGUAUCACUUUGAUUAGGAUUUCUAGAACUUGCAUUCAUAAUAAUAAAGUAGUGCAAGUUGAUGCGGUAUGUUUUCUUUCCAGUAGAAGUUUCAUGGUGUUGCCUAUCCCCGUGAUAAUCUAGACUAUUUUGUCAUUAGGAUUUGAUGUUCCCAUAUCUAUAGAGAUUGUUGGCCUCAGGUCGGUUGUGAGAAUUAACUUCCCAAAACUGUCAUUUAGCUAGAAUACUUACUGAAAGUUUUCAAUGACAGAGUACCAUAAAAUAUUUUUCUGGUUUCUCAAUAAGAUAAGAAACUAUAACCUUUAUCAGUAGUGUAUUGCAUCACAAGAGCCUAUCCUUAAUUAUACUAUUCAGGCUAUUACAUUUGAUAUGGAUCUCUUCUGUCUCUUAUUUUGGCGCACACAAAUUCAUUUCCAUCUGCAUAUGUUCACAAAGAUAAGCUUACAGGAAGUCAAACCGGAAAGCUUAGAGAACAGAAGAGAAAUGAUACACUUAACUUUCAAAAUUUAAGUUUCAGAAGUUCAUGAAACCUACUGCUUAUUCGUUUUGCAAAAUAUGUGGAUAUUUUCAUCUAUGUCCAGCAAGUAACUAUACAUUGUGGUCUUUGCUUAAUAUAUUUGUCAUUUUUCUUUU